CCUGCAGAGCUCAGCUCAGCUCAGCUCAGCUCCCCGGUCGCAUCCCGAAGCCCCGGCCAGCUGCCACCGGGCGCCUCUUGCUGCCCCUCGGCCGAUCCAAGGCAUCCCUUCCGCGCCCACCACCUCCUGGGAGGGCUUUGCGGGAGGAAGGUAGGGGCAGAAUAAGGAGCUUCGUGCUUGGCCUAUUUGCUAUAACACAGUCUCAGGGCCAUUGCAUCAGAGUCAAAACAAGGAGCAGCUUGUUUCCAAACAAGAAGUAUGGAGGAAAGUCUUCUCUGAGUCCUUCCCUGAAGAAACCCAAGACAGCUGAAAACCAGAAGGCGUCUGAGGAGAAUGAGAUUACUCAGACGGGUGCAUGCAGUGCCAAGCCGGGCCUUCCCUGCCUGAACCUUGAAGCUGUUCCUUCUCUGAGCCCGGCCCUCAUCCACUCUCCACAUUCACCAACAAACCUGCACACACACACAGGGUCAUCUGAUUGUAACAUCAGUUGCAAGGGGAUGACAGAGCGCAUUCAUAGCAUCAACCUUCAUAACUUCAGCAAUUCUGUGCUCGAGACCCUCAACGAGCAGCGCAACCGUGGCCACUUCUGUGACGUGACGGUCCGCAUCCACGGGAGCAUGCUGCGCGCCCACCGCUGCGUGCUGGCGGCUGGCAGCCCCUUCUUCCAGGACAAGCUGCUGCUGGGCUACAGUGACAUCGAGAUCCCCUCAGUGGUGUCAGUCCAGUCUGUGCAAAAGCUCAUUGACUUCAUGUACAGCGGGGUGCUGCGGGUCUCCCAGUCAGAAGCCCUGCAAAUCCUCACAGCCGCCAGCAUCCUGCAGAUCAAGACUGUGAUUGAUGAGUGCACAAGGAUUGUCUCACAAAAUGUAGGAGACGUCUACCCAGUGAUUCAGGAUUCUGGCCAAGAGACACCCAGGGGAACACCUGAAUCAGGCACCUCGGGGCAGAGCACUGACACAGAGUCUGGCUACCUGCAGAGCCAUUCACAGCACAGUGUGGACAGGAUCUAUUCAGCCCUCUAUGCCUGUUCCAUGCAAAAUGGCAGUGGGGAGCGCUCCUUUUACAGUGGAGCUGUGGUCAGCCACCAUGAGACAGCCCUGGGACUCCCCAGGGACCAUCACAUAGAAGACCCCAGCUGGAUUACCCGGAUCCAUGAACGGUCUCAGCAGAUGGAGCGGUACCUCUCCACCACUCCAGAGACCACACACUGCCGGAAGCAGCCGCGCCCUGUCCGAAUUCAAACCCUGAUGGGCAACAUCCAUAUUAAACAGGAGAUGGAGGAUGACUAUGACUACUACGGGCAACAGAGGGUGCAGAUCCUUGAGCGCAAUGAGUCUGAGGAAUGCACUGAGGACACUGACCAAGCAGAAGGCACUGAGAGCGAGCCCAAAGGGGAGAGUUUUGACUCGGGUGUCAGUUCCUCCAUUGGCACUGAGCCUGAUUCCAUGGAGCAGCAGUUUAUGGCUGGUCUGGGCCGGGAUGGGCAGCAAGAACCUACUCAAGCAGAUCAAAAUGAUGUCCCUGCUGAUGGCACUCAGCCGCAGCAGCAACAUGUAGAUGCCAACUCUUCCUCACCAGAGAGAAGCAAUGACGUUGAAAUGGACAGCAAAGUGCUCACAGUCAAUAACAGCACCGAAAAGGGGGCUUUGCAGCCUUCUGUCAACACAUCUGUUGCCCAACCAUUGCCAACCACACAGAUCUACUUACGCCAGACAGAAACCCUCACCAGCAAUCUAAGGAUGCCACUGACUCUGACCAGCAACACUCAGGUCAUUGGCACAGCUGGCAACACCUACCUGCCUGCCCUUUUCACCACACAGUCUGCUGGCAGUGGCCCUAAGCCUUUUCUCUUCAGCCUGCCCCAGCCUUUAGCUGGCCAACAGACACAGUUUGUGACAGUGUCCCAGCCCGGCCUGUCAACCUUUACUGCCCAGCUGCCAGCCCCGCAGCCCUUGGCUCCGUCUGCGGGCCACAGCACAGCAGGUGGGCAAGGCGAAAAAAAGCCUUACGAGUGCACUCUCUGUAACAAGACUUUCACCGCCAAACAGAACUACGUCAAGCACAUGUUUGUACACACAGGUGAGAAACCACACCAGUGCAGCAUCUGUUGGCGCUCCUUCUCUUUAAAGGAUUACCUAAUCAAACACAUGGUGACACACACCGGCGUGAGGGCCUACCAGUGCAGUAUCUGCAACAAGCGCUUCACCCAGAAGAGCUCCCUUAAUGUGCACAUGCGUCUCCACCGCGGGGAGAAGUCCUACGAGUGCUACAUCUGCAAGAAGAAGUUCUCCCACAAGACCCUACUGGAGAGGCACGUGGCUCUGCACAGUGCCACCAACGGCACGCCUGGAGCCACCGGCACUGGCGCGAGGGCUGUCCCUGCCGGCGUGGUGGCCUGCACAGAGGGGACCACGUACGUCUGCUCUGUCUGUCCAGCUAAGUUUGACCAAAUCGAGCAUUUCAACGACCACAUGAGGAUGCAUGUGUCAGACGGAUAAGUAGAAUCUCUCUCUCUCUUUGUUAUGAACAACAAAAAUAGAAACAACAAAAAAAGCUAUGGCACUAGAAUUUAAGAAAUUAUUUUUGUUUCAUUUUUACCUUUAUUUUCCUCCUUUUUUUGGGUUCAUUUUGUUUUGUUGUUUUUUUGUACUACAUGAAGAACUUUUUUGCCUGCUGGUACAUUACAUUUCCGGAGGCUGGGUGAAUAAUAAUUUUCCCAACCUCCCUCGGAUGGUGGCCUUAAGGCCAGGUAGUGCUUCAUGAGCUCCACUGGUUGGAUCUCUAGCUACUGGCCUCUAAAUACAACCCUUCUUUACUACAAAAAGCAAACAACAAAAAAAAAAAAAAAAAACACAAAAAAAUUUUAAAAAACCAGACAAAAAUAAUAAAAAAAAAAUCUUUUUUCUCACUUGUGAAGAGCACUACAAAUAAAGAAACAAAACAAAAUAUAUUACAAAUCUACAAGGCCUACUGUCGUUAUAAGUACACCGCUUGCAGUGUUUCAAUGGACAUGAUUCACAUUGCUGACCGCUUUUGGACUUCACAGUAUCCAGUUAGAACUGUGGAAUACUUUGCUUCUGGUUGAGCAGCAACCAGAGGAAACAAGGCCCUGCUGGUUUCCACCACGUGUCUGCUUUCUCACACACACAUGCAUCCACAAACACACAAAAAGGGCUGAGGGGAAUGCGAGGCAGUGUGGCUUGGAUAGUGUGGAGUCCCUGCAGGGUGAGGAAAAAGAAUCAGAGGUUCCUCACCUGGAUUCUGCUCCAUCCCACGCUGUGUGGCACACCCUCCCCGCUGCUUUUCUCGUACCACCACCACUACCUUAUAGCAGAAACUAAGAAGAUUCAGACAACAAGCAACGGUGGCUUUUUUGUAAUUUAUUCAGUGUCUUCGCUGAGCACAGGGCCUCAGCACAAUCAAGAGGGACUUUCACAGAAGGCAAAGAGAAACACAGAGGAAAAUCAAAGAUAUCAGAGGUUGCAACCUAUGGAUCUAGGUACAAGAGAAGGGUUAGUUCCCACAAUCUUUGCAAAAAAAAAAAAAAUG